UUUAACGUGAACCUUGCGGGGGAUGGCUAGGCUGCUGCAGGGUCCCCUAACCUUGUUUUGGGGCAAUUUAGAUCACUCAGUCUUAUUAUACUUCUGUUCCCUUUCUUUUCCUUUAUAAGGUCGGAAUUUCGUUACGUUUGUGUGGUUGAAUUGCGAUUGAGUUCAUCGUCCUGCCCUCCUCCUUCGUUCCAAGAAACAAAGAAACGACGACGAUUAAAAACGACGACGCACAACGCCUAUAUCCUGAGCCAACGUACAAAGCUACUUGGAAAUAUCACAUCUACGGAAGGAAACACCUGUAUUGCGACUGAUUGACUCGCUGUCAUACACAACUGGUCGAAAUAUCUACAGACAGACAGCAAACAACACACGAAUAUCAUAGAAGAAGAACGAGACUAGCAGCGGCCAUGCCUCCCCCACCCUACGUAGUCGGCGACUCAUCGCCCUUCCUCAAGCGCGUCAUCAUUCCCUUCUGGGUAUUCCGAGUUAUCAUCAUGGUUCUCGAGCUGGGCGCGUGCGGUCUUGUGAUCGCCGCCAUCACCCUUCAACAGGACGACUUAGAAAGCGACUUCGGCGACACCACGGUCAAGACAGCGAUUGCCAUCGUGGCGGUUUGCAUGACGCUCGUCUUUUUGUGUUUGGUGCUGGACAUUGUGUGCAUCAUCAAGCGCGGGCGGCGCACCCUGAGCCCCAAGUUCUUUCUGAUCACAAACGUCGUGCAGACGACCAUUUGGGUGGUUUUCUUUAUUUUGGCUGUCAUUGGUGCUAGGACUGCAGGGACCAUCAUUCUCGCAAUCGUGAUCCUAAUCUCCUUCGUCGGCAUGCUCAUCUACGCUUCCAUCAUCUACCACCGAUUCCGGAAGGGCGACCUCAAUCCCGGCGCUGGCGGCAACGGCUACGUCAAGGCAGUCAACCCCGCCAUCAAUCAAGGCUUUUACGCUGAAGACACGGCCUACGCUUCCCAAGCCUAUGCCACUCAGGCUGAGCCUUCUGCUCAGAAGUAUCCUGCCAGCCCCUACAGCGUGGGAGUCGCGCCUGUCGAAGCAGCAGCAACGACGCAAUAUCCUAAGCCAACUUACUACGACGCGCCGGCGCAAGGUGGUCAGCAUCACGGAUACGAGCUUGAGAGCCGUAAUCCUUAGGUUCACUAAACUUGGGGUUAUCGUCAAGGAUGAAUUGGGUUAAUGCGUAAUGAUGAUGAAGGAUCAUUCUUUUUUUCUGGUCGGAGUUGGUGGGUGAUGGGGGUGUUUGGGUUGGACAACAGGGGCUAUUUGGAUGCCGGAUGGGAUAGAUGGCCGGGUUGUCCUGCUAUAUUGGUGAUGCGGAUUAUACCUAGGCUCUGCAAAACAAUCCUCAUUAAAUAUCCUCAACCACAGACCGGGACGGACUCUGGCUUUUUCUUACCAAUCAGCUGCGGAAGGUGUUCCAUCCCUUUCAGUUUUAUGCCGAAGAAGAUACCAAAGUUUCAUGCCCUGUGUCUGAGCUGGGUAUCUCUCUCAAAUCAUGUCACCAUGGGCUGAGUCUUGUCCAUCGAAUGGAAUACGACGAGAUAUGUGUGGCCACCCUUUUUGACCAUCCCCCCCUCCCCCAUUUCCCUCAAAUAGCCCAUGAAUAGCCUCCAUCUUGGGUGGACUGAUGGCAGAAAUCUCUACGAGACUCGAGACCCUUCACCCCGACCUCGCAACACCACCCUGAUCUCGUGGCGCAGUUUCCUUCUUUGUUCAGCAAACCCUAUGAAUGGAGCUAUAACGGCAGGUAUUCUGCGAGUGUCGUCCCUGAUGAAGGCCUACUGAGCUAGAUCUGGGGCAAGGAGUGGCAGGAGAUUCGUCUCCCUGGCAGCUUGGGACAUGGCGUCCUUGUCUCAGGCCAAGAUCUAUCGUCGGCGAAGACCGCUGGAACCGGGUGAAAUUUCUCGUAGGUCCGGACAAGAAUGAUGAAAUUCAGCGGAUGAAUUCAAAGGAGUUGUGUGUCUGUAUUCACGAUCUUCUUAGAGUGCACGAUUUAAACAUACAUGGAAGUUCAGGGGGUUUUCAGUUCCGUUAUAGAACCAACUCGUUGCCCAUCACAUUGCAACUUGCUUCGUUUGGGUAUUCAGCCGAAUCCUUGGGGUUUUCUCCUGCUUUCAUACGUGAAUAAGUCGAC